GGGGCGAUGUUGCCGACGGUGUCGAAAGGGCGCGCGACCUCCAGCGUGCGCCCCUCUCCCGUCUCCGCCCAUUACCUCCGCAGAAUAGUCAAGUGGCAACAAAUGGACAUUGAAUACACAUUUUGGCAAAUGCUACAUCUUUGCACUUCACCAAAAGUUGUCAGCUACCAGCACACAAAGUACCAUAAGCAAACAAAAAACCAGUGGGCACGAGAUGAUCCGGCCUUCAUGGUGAUUCUCUCUUUGUUUAUGAUUGUUGCUACCUCGGCUUAUUGUGCCGCGUAUGAUGAAAGUCUUGGACAUGCUUUCUUCACAGUUAUUUCAGUGCUUCUUUUUCAUUUCUUAUUUUCUGGCAUAGUUUUGGCGACUUCUUGUUGGUUUCUCACAAAUUCUUAUCUGCGGGAGGAGUCGCCUAACAGUCAUGUAGUUGAGCAACGUGUUGAAUGGCUGUAUGCAUUUGAUGUGCAUUGCAACUCUUUUUUUCCAGCAUUCAUUAUGCUCUAUGUGAUUCAGUACUUCGCUUCUCCUCUACUAGUUGCGCAUGGUUUCCUUCCCGUUCUGCUGUCAAAUCUGCUUUUUAUGGUGGCUAUUUCCUACUACAACUACCUUAAUUUCUUAGGAUAUGACGUACUACCUUUUUUGGAAAGAACAACUUUCUUCUUGUAUCCAAUUGGUCUUGUCAUCAUUCUAUCCCCUCUCUUGACCCUGAUUGGCUUCAAUCCGACAAGAUACCUUAUGAGCAUAUAUUUCUGAUCUUAACCUCGCACCGGCCGGAGUUCACCCAGUAAACAAAUGCAAGCAGAUUUAAGCUUCCAGUGGGCUGAAAUGUUCAGUUUUUAUUUUGUAGAGGUAGAUGUGUAAUAUACUAUAUUGUUUAGAGAAAUCACGCAGUUAUAUAUAUAUAUAUAUCUAUAUAUAU